AUUGCGCAGCGUCAGUUUUUGACUUAGAUUUUCGUGACGGCAAUUGGAGAACUUUGCGCCCUAUAAAAGCGGGACCACCUCGCGUACGCUACCAGUCUUACAUCAGGGGCCACGCUAUGAUGAAUGCCCUUACUGUAUUGCUCCUGUGCCUAACGGCUGCGUAUGCGGUACCAGUACACUUUCCUGCUGAGACAACGGUGAUUUACAAUUACUAUGCCGACGUGAAAACCGAGGUUAUCGAGCCAGCGCGAUAUGCCUCCCAGUUCGGGCUCACCGGACAACUUCACAUAACGAAGGAUGUCAGCGAUCCAUCUUUAAAUAAUGCCUAUUAUGUCAAAUUAAACAACCUAAAGUAUGGCAUGUACAAUGGCAUGAUCGCUGUACAUCACCAACCGGUCGAAGUUGUCCAGGAACUCGGAGAUGCCGCACAGCAAAUCCAAGAACCGUUCAUGAUUGUUUAUGACGAAAAUGGCAGGUUCCAAGGCAUCAAGAUGCCGGAAACCGAGAGCGGUUGGUCCAGGAACAUCAAGCAAGGUAUCGCCUCGAUGCUGCAAUUGGAUCUGGCUCGCAUGCAAAUGCAGACCCCGAUGAAGCCGCACGGUUUCGUCACGCAUGAGAACACCAUCCACGGCACCUGUCACGUCGCCUACGAUGUUCACCCGAGAAGCCCGAUGACGAAUCCAGAGAACGCCAAUGUCUUCGUCGUCACGAAAAUGCACGAUUUGAAAAACUGCAGCCAUUUCGUUCAACGUGUCUUCGAUAACUUCGAGUGCGAGAGGUGUCACGUAGAGUCUGUGGAUGACAUGACUGCUUCCGCCAGAAGAGUCUUUGAGAUCAAACAGCUGCAGAACAAUGAUAUUCUCAUCGAGCGUCUGGUUGCUCACUCGGCUAUUAAUUAUUUCCCUUUUAAUGGCCAUUCUGAGGCUCACUUCAUCUCAACCAACACUACCUUGAGCCUGCAUUCCGUGAUACCGAUGACGGAGGUUCCUGUGUUGGCUGUGAACAUUCAGAACGUGCCUAUGAUUCGCGACGUCACUUUCAACAAGCCGAUGGGAAAUUACGCUCUCCACGCUGCCGAAGAUCUCACUCACGGCCGGCAUACUGUGAAAUUGGACAUGCUCAUUCCUAAACUUAAAAAGAUGUUGGUCGAAGCGGCUGAUUAUCUUGAAGAAAAUCACUUGGAGGCCAAAGAACCCGAAUGGAAGCACGGGCACACCAUCAAUAGGCUGCAGCACAUUAUGACCUACAUGGAUCUGGGUUCACUUGAGCAAGUUUACAACGCUAUUCAGGAUUUGAAGAUGCCUAAGGAAGUUAUGAUGAAGAACAUCUUCCUGCGAAUGAUUCCGACCGUGGGCACGACCGCUGCCAACCACUUCGUGCGCAAUGUCGUUCGCAAGCACAAAGUGACCGACGAUACUGCCGUCACGAUGCUGAUGAGAUUGUCGAUGCAUGUCAAAGUACCAUCGGAAAGAUUGCUUCUGGAAAUGGAAGACCUGUUGAAAUUGGGUAGCACUGUAUCGCCGCACGUCAGAAAGGCCAGCAUCCUUUGCUUCUCUAUUUUGAUUCGCAAGACGUUUAUGCAUCAACAGAGCGACAUCGUCAAUCCUCUUCUCGAGAGAUAUGUUCACCGUUUCCUCGAUCAUGUCAUGAACGAGCAAUCAUACGAGAUGAAAGUGGUAUAUCUGAUGGCGAUGAAGAACGUACAAGUAGGUAACAUCGAAAAGCUGUUGGAGCCGAUCAUUCGUGGCGACGUAAUGGUAUCCGAGAACCCACAUCAUAUUCGCGUUGAAGCGAUCUGGGCCAUCAGAAAGGCAGUCGCCGAUAAAGUCGAGUACACUCACAACUUGCUCUGGCCUAUUCUCGCUGAUGUUACUCUACCGCUGUCCAUCAGGAUUGUCGCCUAUGACGUCUUGAUGAGCCAGAUGCCAAACAUGGAACGUAUCAUGAACAUGUACUGGCUCAUGAUACGCGAACGGAACAAUCAUCUGUACAAUUAUCACCUUACGACUCUGAAAGGUCUCGCUAAUUCCGUGGAUCCUUGCCUUACGCCAGUUCGCGAAAUGGCCAGGAAGGUCUUGCGCUUCACGAGGAUCAGACCGGUCACCACUCAACUCUCGUCUAAAUAUUUCGUCGAUUCUACUGAUCCUAUGUACGAAUAUGGCGAAUCCUUGAAUACCGCCUGGAUUCUCGAUGAAUUGACUGGCAUGCCAUACGCUGGAUACGUCGAACAUCACACCUCGAUGGCACGUAAACCCGUCGACAGAUUUGGCGUCUAUUGGAGUGCCUAUGGCAUGGAUGAGAUUAUGAAGGUAGUCAAGAAGGAAUUAGUCGGCACCACGGUGGAAAAUCUCGCCAACAAGAACGUGCAGAACGUCUUGAUUCGCGCCGCGCAGGACAUGCCGAUGAGGAAACCAAUUCACGUCGACAUUUGCGUCACGAUGAACGGCCUCGUCGUCGCUGUCAAUCACUACGACCAGAACACCUUCAGAAAUAUGUUCGACGACACGCACCACGUACUGAAGCAAACGAUGGCCGGCAAUUUCCAGGAAAUCAUGUACGAGACCCAUUACGAGAUGCAGGUACCCACCGACAUGGGUCUGCAGGGAGUUUUCAGUACCAGGAUACCACAGUUAUGGUCGCUCAGAUUCAACAACCUUCGUACCGACGUCAAGAAGCCGUCCAUGAACAUAAAGUUCGACGUCGACACUCGCGUCUGGAGGCAUGGCGAAUACGCCAUGUCGAUUUACAAUCCGAUCAUCGACGUCUGGCACUCGAUUCGCCGCUCCUUCGCCCAAGACAUCAUCCUGCCCGUGCAGAUGAGCGUCGGUUACAACCACGAGGCGAAGAGUCUCAAAAUCACCAUGCCGAGACUGCCUGUCACCAAACAGUCGAUCGCCGGAGUACGAUCCUACGCGAAGAACCUGGUGACCAUCUCCGGGGAUGAACAGGACAUUCUUAAGACCUGCUGCGCUCCCUGCCAUCAUCACACGGUUGUCACCACCGGCGAGAGAAAGAAUCAUCACGACGCCGUAGAUUCCAAGGACAUGGGCCUUAAAUAUAGCAUGUCGAUCUUCGACUGCGAGAAUGAGAUCACCCCGAUGACUAACGCCGAGGAAUGGCAUCGUGCACUCUCCGCGGAACAUAAGAACACUUGGAACUCGAGGUUGCUUCAAUACUACUUUGGCAUCCGUCAGAAAUUAAUCAACGAGUUUAUGUCACCGAAAAUGGGUAACUGUGGAAUGAUGAUGAAGAUGGAACCUAGCAUCGUUCAUCCUACGUCGCAUGUCGAUUUGAACGUAAGAGUCAACGUGGAGGAUGUCGAUCACAUUCAUGAAAAGAUGCACGCUCUUAGCAGCAACAAGAUCAACGUACGCGGUACUCUCGACGCCAAAGCAGCUUCCACAAACGAAUCGAUCCGCUCGUGGGACGUGAAUGUGAACAUUGACAUGUCUCCGGGACACGUGGUCAACAAUUUCAAAGUUCAGAUGACGAGAGAGACUCCGGGAGAAAAGAAUUGGAAGAUCUGCGUAGACGCACAGAAGAAUUACCCAGUCGUCGAUACGGAUCCCUUGAAAAUCGACACCACUAAAGAGGAGACCAACAACAAGAUUACCGUCACAGCAGGCUUUACGGACGACGAUAAAUGUGUCCGUGAUGAUAUGAUGAUUGUGAUGACUCUCAAGGGUGAGAUGACGGAAGAACAGAAGAGGCAAAUGACGCACGACAAUAUGCAUAGCGCUUGCGUCAAAGACACCCAAAACCCACAAUUUCAGACCAGGCAAGGCCACAUUGCCAAGACCAUGAAUUGCCUCCGUGAGACCAUACACUACACGACCAUGAAGAGAUACACCAUUAACGCAACAUACAAGAAAGUGCCUGUACAAGUACUCUCGCAUCUCGCCAUGAUUGAAGAUUACAUUCGCGCGAUGCAUUUGUCACACGUGAGGUACAUCGUGGACCGUGCUGAAAGCGGUAACGCUAAGAUCGUCGUCGAAUACUCCUCCGAUCUGAGUCACGUCAAUGCGACCGUCGUCACUCCGGUCAGCGGAUACGAGUACGUCCAAGUUCCCUUGCAUCGACAUCUCUUCGAGGGCUUGGCUGUGAAUAAAUCAAUGCACACGCAUCCACAAUGGCACUCCGUCAUGGACAAUACUCGUUUCUCCGUAGGUGCUGUGCACAAAGUGACGCAGGGCCAAGCUAAGAUCUGCACCAUCUACCCGCAAGCAUUGGUCACCUUGGACGAGGGCGUGAUUCCAUUCGUGGUGUUCGAUAAAUGGACCCUUGUGUCCGGCGAUCACGUCGACCGGACGUAUGCCAUCUUCGUGAAAUCCAUGCAGGGUACCAAGCUGGCCGUGAAGAUGUACAUUGCCGAUCACGAGAUGGAGAUCGUACCGAACGAGGUCAAUGCCGUCGUCACCGUAGACGGUAGCGUAGUCAAUCAGCACGAGAAGGGAGUCGUAGUGCCGAAAGAUGAACCGAAGUCUUAUGCAUUCAAACUCACCGAGAACAACGAGCACCUUGUGGUCCAAUCGCAACGCGUGCCGGUGAUGUUAAUGUGGACCCCCAGCAGCGUGACCAUGAUGUUGGACACCACUCUGCAAGGUCACGUGACCGGCGUGUGCGGACACAUGGAUGGCAUGCAUAAAGAGAAACUUCCCAAGAUUUACACCGUUGUGAAUCUUUAAUUAUAUAAUAUAAUGUAACUUCAAUUCAUGUAAAACACAAUCUUUCUCUUAUCAAAGGUAAAUUCCCGGUACUGAGUACCGUUUUAAAUAAUCAUAGGUUUAAAGCACAAUUUUUGUUCAAUAACAAAAUACAGCACAGAUGGUAGCGUAGGAAAAGCAAAGAGAAAUAACACACAAUAAAUCUUUAUUUUCCAAUUA